AUGUGCCCUGUAGUGGAAGAGGAAGAGAGUUUGAAGGAUGUGGACAUACGAGACGAUUACACCGAUACGGACUGCAGCCUACCACGGCUCAGACCAUCUCCCAAGAAGCGCAGCCGUCUGGAAGGUAACGCCGCUGGUCGCGCAUCAAUGGCACAACUGGUGGUGAACCAAGACGUGACACCGAAGGGGAGAAGCGCUGUUGGUGGAGGAAGAUCUAGAAGCUUGAACCCGGCGCCGACUCGUCGAGGAGCUGCUGCUAGGCGUCUGACAGGAACUCGAUCGGUCGCUGAUAUCCAAGCUGAUCAUGCGGCAGCUGAAAUGGAUACCGUCGUGAAGAAAGCAGUGGCCGGUAUUGUACAGUCCAUCAGAAUUAAAGCCAUCGAGAUGAUCGAACAGGAGCUACUGCCCACCGUCGAGGCGAUGGCGGAGGCUGGUAUCAGAGAGGCUCUGGCUACUGGCACCUCGGAUGGUCGCCGAACACGAUCAAGCUCAUUGGACAUAGUCGUCGAGUCGCCGACCUCUCAGCGUAAGGAUUGA